AUGAAUGACGUUGCGGAGGGUGUACCCGGCGCCGCCGUGCCUGAAGGCCAAGGGCGAGCGGGCUCAGGCUCUUCCCCGCAUAGCCUUGAUGCCGGCCGACGGACGCCCGCCGAUGUGGAGAGCGCGCUGGAGAUGAUCCGGCAGAAGUUCCCGGAGAAGCGCUACCCGAGCGUGUCGCUGGAGCAGGUGUGCUUCGUGGCGCAGCCGCCGCCGCUGCCGGUGGUGCCCGUGCUGCCCGACUGCCUGCGCCUGCCACUUGUGGAGGGUGUUACAAAUGAUGUCACGGUGUCCAGCUUGGUGACACCAGCUCAUUUCUUCCUUCAACAACCAACACAUCCAACGUUCCCAGCAUUGGCACGACUGGGUGCUUGCAUGGAUGCCACUUACGGCGAAAUGGAUACACCAGCUGUACCUACUGUACAAGCUGGUAUAGUUGUAGCAGCACCUGUGAUGGGUAGCUGGUACCGUGCAGAAGUUGUAGCUGCUGAAGAAGAGGCAGACUCCUGCCAAGUUCGUUAUGUAGAUUAUGGAGGUUAUGAAGUGCAGCAGAACGCUGCCCUUCGCCAGAUUCGUUCUGACUUCAUGACCCUGCCCUUCCAAGCUGUUGAGUGUUACCUGGCCAAUAUUCUUUGCAAAACAGAUGAAGAGGAAGGCUGGAGCACUGAAGCCUUGUCCCUGAUGGAGCAGAUGACUGCAGGCCAAGUGCUGCAGGCUCAAGUGUGUGGCUACUGUGAAGAUGGUGUUCCUGCAGUGGCCCUGUAUGCUGCGGUUGGCACACAGGUGGUGUCGAUUGGAGAGGAGCUGGUGGCUCGUGGGUUUGCGCAGUGGUGGGAACCUGCAGACGGGUAGAGCCUUGUGACCCUCUUUCUUCCCCGCCUUGCCCCCGGGUGUGAGCCCACCUUUUUGUGUGAUGUUUAACCAGGUUAAGUAUUACUUGCAAAUGUGAUAACGGAGUUUUGAUGUAUAUGUUUCACUCAGAAGGUUUAUUUUUGUUGUGUAGCUGCUGAUUCAAGUUUUGCUGUUAGCUCUGCUAGCUUUUGGCAAUGGCCAGGGCUUGUAAUUUUAUAAGGGGUACUGUAGAGUAGAUUCAAAUUUUUGCAUACAGAUUUAUUUUGUUACAAAUAUAAAUAUAAUAUAUAUAAUCACCCAGAUGCAGGGAAAUGUUAAAUGUUGAUCCUGAUGUUACGUUGUAAGCUGAACACAAAGUAACAACAGUGUCAGUUGUGCACACUUGUGUGGGGUCAGGGUGCUCCCACGCCAUAGCUGUGUGGGGCAUUGAGUUGGCAUGCUGGGCCUCACACUGCUUUUGGAGUUGUUCCUCAGCUCUCUUUCUCCAGUUGUACUUGGGCAGUAGGGCUAAUCUAAUACUGUAUUCUUUUGUAUCUAUAGUAAUUUAAAUAUAUUUCAAGUUAAACUGUUUUCUGGUGUUUUAUUUUAUCCCUAAUGCCCUUUUUUGCAAAAAUAAAAUGCUAAAUAAUAACAAAUUGAGAAAUAUUGUUGAUACCAGUUGAAAAAGCUUUCAUAAAAAAACAUAAAAUAGCAUUGACCUGAAGAGACAAUGGUAUAUAAAACAGUGUUAGUGAAAUUAUAGGGUGUUUAAUUCUAUUUUUACCACUAAUUUAAAGAAAUAAUGUGGUGCAAAAACAAAUUGAAAAUAUCCCUGGUGCUUCACGUAAGUACUCCCAAAUUUUGAAGAAAGUUUUUCAAAAUCGCAGCACCUUGAGUCGAGCUAGAUUG